CUCUGUCUGCACUUUGCAUUGGUCGAUACCACUACCGCCAAACAUAGAGUGCGUGCAUAGCGCAAGUGCACACACGCGCACGUGUCCCACCACCCGCAACGGAGCUUGUGCAGCCAUCCAGGACCCUGGAUUUGGGCACAGUUUCGUACAGAAUUGUUACAUUUUCCCUGCUUUUACAUCCUCAAAGCUGAUACCUGAAGGCCACCAGACCAGUACUCUGCAAGAAAAUCCAGAAUUUGGAGUCCAUUUGAGUAAAGAACGCGUUUAAUUGAUUGAUUUUUGAAGCAGACACUUCACGAUCUACUCCUGUACUGUACUCCUGCCGCGAUUGUAGGCGGUUGUGCUCGUGGCCGCGGUGUUGUGUUUUGCUGUCCUGCAUGGUGGACCAAAAAAAGAAAGACUUCAAGAUGAUCUUGUUUCUCGUCGCUUUUGUUACUCUUCAAGGACUUGUGCAGUCAAUGCCAGGGUACGGGCAUGAAGAGAUAAAUGGAGAUGAACCACCACCUUAUGGCUACCUGGUGGUCUCACCCAGGGUUCUCUUCUCGGGCAAGGAGGAAUCCAUCUGUGCCACCAUCCAGGACACGGAUGAACCCGUCGAGGUCACGCUGAUCUUCAUGGAGAACAACGUCACGGAGAUCUCAAGGGCCCCACCAUUCGACGUGGAGUUUGGGACAGCUUGUGGCAAGGUGGAGAUACCAGCUGUUGAAGAGUCUCCCAAGACGGUUAUCCUCAAAGCCAUGAUGAAGAGACUGUCGGCUGCUGAGCCUGAAUUGGUGGAUCAGAAGAAGGUGGCCAUCUUCAAGCAAGGGUCAGAAACCUACGUGCAGACGGACAAGCCAAUCUACAAGCCAGGGCAGCCCAUCAAGUUCCGGGUUCUCACAUUAGACAGUGACUUGAAACCUGACAAAACAGUGGCUUCUGACAUUUGGGUGGAGACCCCAUCAGGUAUUCGGGUAGCCCAGUGGCUGAACCAGUCCAGUCCGGAUGCAUUGAUUGACUUGGAAUUACCCAUGAGCUCAGAUCCGCCCCUCGGAGAUUGGAAAAUUGUUGUCGUCCGUGACAGUGAGAGGAUCGAGAGAACAUUCAAAGUUGAUGAAUAUGUGCUGCCAAAGUUUGAGAUAACAGCCGACCUCCCGCCAUUCAUCCUGACCAAUGAUGAGGAAUUUGAGGUCCGCAUUUGUGCAAGGUACACUUAUGGACAGCCUGUAAGAGGCUUGUACAGUGCAGACAUCACUAUCGAUGAAGAAUACAGAUCGUGGUAUGGCAACAUUGAACCCAGGCCAAUCCUCCGAUUUGAGUCAGCUGAUACUGGAGUUUCAGGAUGUGGCACCAUCAUAGUCUCUGGUGAGGCCAUGCUUCUCAACUACAGUGACUUUUCCAUCUGGUCCAGUAGGCUAAAAGUUGACGUUAAUUUCACCGAAGAGGCUACCGGUGUCACACUGUCCGAGACCGUUCUAAGCAAAUCAGGAAUUAUCACCACGGACCCUCUGCUCAUAACAUUCAAAGGACCGACAACAUUCAAGCCUGGUAUGCCCUUCGAUGCGUGGGUUGUUGUGACGUAUCCAGAUGGCACCCCUGCAUCAGGUUUCGAGGUCAAGGUCAAUGGCAUGGCAGACUACGAGGAUAUUUACAAUGGUACCUUCACCUCCUCGGAAAACGGCAUGAUCCAUUUUGUCAUGGACAAUAUCGACAUUGACACCAGAGACGUGACCCUCUUUGCUACCGUGGAAGGCUACGCAAACGUUAGACCCUACGAUCCGGAAGAUGAAGACUACUAUAAAUACCAUUACAUCUAUGACCCCAUAGGCUACCACAAUGCCGAAGCAAGCUACUCCCCUAGCGGCAGUUUUGUCCAGGUCGCACCCAUCGACGGCAAGUUGAGCCCCGGCGAGGAGCAAGAAUUCACCACCCACUUCACGGCCGACCCUGAAACGGUGGCAGACCUCAAGUGGUUCUUUGUGUUCAUGUCACGCAGUGAAAUCCUGACCGUCCCAGUCACUGCUGUGGAAGAGGCUGCACCACGCAAGAAGAGAGAUAUCAUAUUCCCCUACCCUGAAACCGAGGUCAACAUCACCCAGCCUGGCAGCCUCUACUCCCGCAAGGACAAGUUCACAGUCACCUCCAAGAUGUCACCAGAGGUCAAACUGCUGGUGUAUUACAUCCGGCCUGAUCAGGAGGUUGUUGCCGACAGCAUUAAAGUGGACGUCCAGGAAGUGUUUGACAACAAGGUUUCAAUGGCCUUUGCUAAUGACGAGGAGACGCCAGGAGGCAAGGCCCUUUUGAAGCUUUCGGCAAGCGAGGGUUCCCUCUGCGCCGUCGGUAUCGUGGACAAGAGUGUGUAUGUCUUGGAGGACGACAAGUACAGAAUAACCAAAGAUAAGGUGUUUCAGAAAAUCCGGGAGGACCAAGAUCGCCACACUUAUUACUGGCUGCCCAACCCCAGCGACCACUGCCCAGAUGAGUAUCCAUGGUGGUUUUACUCUGGCCUUGACAGGAGACGCCGCAAACGAACCAGUGUGCCUUAUCCUGGGGGCUUCGGCACAUUCGAGGACUCUUCACAAGCUUUUGAGGACAUGGGCCUAGUCUUUAUGUCCAACCUGAAGGUGGAAACGCGGCCUUGUAACACCGGUGGAUUCCCAAUACUCUAUGAUAGCGUUGCACCUGGAGCUGAGUUAGACCGUGACGCUGUAGCUUUUGAAAAUGAAAUAUCAGACUCAUCAGCUCCGACCGUCCGCAGCUUCUUCCCUGAAACCUGGCUGUGGAAACUGGAGCGCAUCGGUGACAUGGGUGAGGCGGAGCUGGACCUGGACGUGCCCCACACCAUCACAGAGUGGGUUGGCAACGGGUUCUGCUUGUCGGCCGAAACUGGUCUCGGGGUGGCGGACACGGCCACCCUGCGCGCAUUCCAGCCCUUCUUCGUCUCGCUGACCCUGCCCUAUUCCAUCAUCCGUGGGGAGGAAGUAGGCAUCAAGGCCACGGUCUUCAAUUACUUGUCUGAUGAGUGCAUGGUGAUCCGAAUAUCACUGAUAGAAUCAGACAUGUUUGUGGUGGUGGACAACACGUAUGAAUACAGGGAGUGUGUCUGUGCCGGGGCAUCCAAGACAGUCGAGUUCAAAGUGAAAGGGCUGGCACUCGGCGAAAUGGACAUUGAAGUCCAUGCUGUGUCAGUUGCUGAUGAUGAGGUUCUUUGUGGCAAUGAGGCUGGCAUGUUUGAACAGACGGGACUCAGCGACGGCGUACGCAGAAAACUUCUGGUUGAGCCUGAGGGUAUACAGCACGAGUACAGCAUCGGUAAAUACUUCUGCCCAAGCGAGCUGCCGUUUUCCUCAUACAACAAGAGAUUCCAGUUAGCCACACCGCCAAACACUGUGCCAGGGUCCAUGAGAGGCCGAAUGACCCUAACCGGUGACCUGAUGGGACAGACCAUCAGUAACCUAGACAACCUCCUGCAGAUACCCACGGGCUGCGGCGAGCAGAACAUGCUGGGCUUUGUGCCUAACAUAGUGGCCAUGCAGUACCUCACUAAGAGCGGCACACUGACGGAUGACUUGGAGAGUAAGGCCAAGACAAACAUGAGGAUUGGAUACAUGCGUGAGCUCAACUACCGCCACAAGGAUGGGUCCUACUCUGCGUUUAACGAUAAUGACGAGUCGGGCAGCACCUGGUUGACGGCCUACGUGGUGAGGUCCUUCGCCCAGGCAGCCGAUUUCAUCACCAUUGAUCAGAAUGACCUGGACGUGACCAUCGACUGGCUGAAAAAGCAGCAGAAUGAGCGUGGCUGCUUCAAUCGUGUUGGCCAUUUGGGCCACAAGGCCAUGGCGGGCGGAGUCAACAGUGAAAUUACACUGACGGCCUAUGUUCUCACUAGCUUGUUGGUGGCAGGUGUGGCUCCUGAGGAUCCAGUCAUCCAGAAUGCACAAAGCUGCUUGGAGUUGGAGUCGGACACUCUUUAUGACACGUAUGCUGCCGCCCAGCUGGCCUAUGCCGGUGCGCUGGCUGGUCACCCCAGGGCGCAGGCCGCCAUCAACUUUCUGGAUUCUCUGGCAGUGAGGGAAGGCAAUGUGCAACACUGGGUCAGCAGUCGUGAUGAUGCCGCGGACUGGGACACCUACUACCGUGCUUCCAAGCAAUCCCAGGAGAUAGAGAUGACAGCCUACGCCCUGCUGGCUUUCAUCCAGCAUAUGCCCCCAGAGGAUGCUCGUGUCUUUGGUAUUCCCAUUGUUCGCUGGCUGGUGGACCAGCAAUCCAGCCGUGGGGGGUUCUCCUCCACACAGGACACGGUGAUCGGCCUGCAAGCGCUGGCCGCCUACGCUGGUAUCAUCAAUCAGGGACCAGUUAAGAUGAGGGUGGAGGUGAUGGAGCGCGGCCGCAAGGUGCGACAGCUUGAGCUUCUGGAGAGGAACAAGCUGGUCAUGCAGGAGGUGGAACUGAACGUGCCCAACUUGUACACCCUCCGGGCCAGAGGGAAAGGAUGUGGCUUGGUGCAGUUUACUGUGUACUACAACAUGCUACCCGUAACGCCGCCUGUGGCUCCAUUCACUCUGACAAAGAGAUCUAGAAAUCUGGACAACGACUGCAAGAAAUUUGAAAUUAAUUUGUGUGCAAGCUACACCGGAACCGGUGGUGCCAACAUGGUACUAGCCCAGGUGAAACUGGUGACUGGCUAUGCCCCGGACCCUGCCUCCAUCAAUGACCUGAAAUCCCAGACUAAGAUGAGCCAACUGAAGCGUGUGGAGACGGACGGCAAGACCCUCAGCUUCUACAUCGACAAGGGCCUGGACGAAACACCAGUCUGCUGGGACUUUGUAGCCACCAAGGAAUUCAACGUGAAGAACGCCAAACCAGGAACGCUGAACGUGUUUGACUACUAUGAGAAAGAUCUGGCCAUCUCAGACUCGCUGGAGUUCAUUUGCCAACCAAUGGAAGAGGAGAUGCCUGAGCCUGGCACACCAGGUGAAUCCCCAAUAGACCCCGACAUCCCCCCACCACUCCAACCCGAUGAAACCCCGCUAGACCCCGAAAUAUCCCCACCACUCCCAGAUGAAUCUCCACUAGACCCAGACUUUGGAGUCAUCCCUCCGGGCCAACCAGACGAAAUUGACCAACCAAUUUCGCCGGGUAAACCGGCUGUAGAUGUAGAUGGGGAUCCGAUAGAAAAACCGGGUAAACCCGGAAAGCCAGUAGAUGACCCAUCUGCUAAACCAGAAAAGCCUCCCAUUAAACCAUUAGUUGAUCCAAAUGCUAAACCAGAGAAGCCUCCCACAAAGCCAGUAGUUGACCCAACUGUCAGCCCAGUUCAACCUACUACUAAACCAGUAGUUGACUCUUCCGCUAAACCAGAUAUGCAAACUGUUGAUCCGUUAGUUGAUCCGUCUGGUAAACCAUAUAAGCCUACUGUAGAGCCAGUAGUUGAUCCAACUACUAACCCAGAUAAGCCUACUAAUAUGCCAGUAGUUGAUCAAACUGCUAAAUCAGAAAAACCUAGUGUUUUACCAGAAGUUGAUCCAUCUGUUAAACCAGAUAAACCCACCAUUGAACCAGACGUUGAGCCUGCAACAAAACCAGAGAAGCCACCAGUUGUUCUGGAAGCGCCAACAGCGAAACCAGAUAAACCAGUUGUUCCUGAAGAGCCAACAGCAAAACCAGACAAACCAGUUGUCCCAGACGUUGAGCCAACAGCAAAACCAGAUAAACCAGCUGUUCCAAAAGAAGAGCCAACAGCAAAACCAGAUAAAUCAGUUGUUCCAGAAGAAGAACCAACAGCAAAACCAGAUAAACCAGUUGUUCCUGAGGAAGAGCCAACAGCAAAACCAGAUAAACCAGUUGUUCCAGAAGAAGAACCAACAGCAAAACCAGAUAAACCAGUUGUUCCAGAAGAAGAGCCAACAGCAAAACCGGAUAAACCAGUUGUUCCUGAGGAAGAGCCAACAGCAAAACCAGAUAAACCAGUUGUUCCAGAAGAAGAACCAACAGCAAAACCAGAUAAACCGGUUGUUAUUGAAGAGCCAACAGCAAAACCAGAUAAACCAGUUGUUAUUGAAGAGCCAACAGCAAAACCAGAUAAACCGGUUGUUAUUGAAGAGCCAACAGCAAAACCAGAUAAACCGGUUGUUAUUGAAGAGCCAACUGCAAAACCAGAUAAACCGGUUGUUAUUGAAGAGCCAACAGCAAAACCAGAUAAACCGGUUGUUCCUGAAGAGCCAACAGCAAAACCGGAUAAACCAGUUGUUAUUGAAGAGCCAACAGCAAAACCAGAUAAACCAGAUGUUCCUGAAGAGCCAACAGCAAAACCAGAUAAGCCAGUUGUUCCAGAGGUUGAGCCAACAGCAAAACCAGAUAAACCAGUUGUUAUUGAAGAGCCAACAGCAAAACCGGAUAAACCAGAUGUUCCUGAAGAGCCAACAGCAAAACCAGAUAAACCGGUUGUUAUUGAAGAGCCAACAGCAAAACCAGAUAAACCAGUUGUUCCUGAAGAAGAGCCAACAGCAAAACCGGAUAAACCAGUUGUUCCUGAGGAAGAGCCAACAGCAAAACCAGAUAUACCAGUUGUUCCGGAAGAAGAGCCAACAGCACCACCAGAUAUACCAGUUGUUCCAGAAGAAGAGCCAACAGCACAGCCGGAUAAACCAGUUGUUCCUGAAAAGCCAACUGCAAAACCAGAUAAACCGGUUGUUAUUGAAGAGCCAACAGCAAAACCAGAUAAACCAGUUGUUAUUGAAGAGCCAACAGCAAAACCAGAUAAACCGGUUGUUAUUGAAGAGCCAACAGCAAAACCAGAUAAACCAGUUGUUAUUGAAGAGCCAACAGCAAAACCAGAUAAACCGGUUGUUAUUGAAGAGCCAACUGCAAAACCAGAUAAACCGGUUGUUAUUGAAGAGCCAACAGCGAAACCAGAUAUACCAGUUGUUCCGGAAGAAGAGCCAACAGCACCACCAGAUAUACCAGUUGUUCCAGAAGAAGAGCCAACAGCACAGCCGGAUAAACCAGUUGUUCCUGAAGAGCCAACAGCAAAACCUGAUAAACCGGUUGUUAUUGAAGAGCCAACAGCAAAACCAGAUAAACCGGUUGUUAUUGAAGAGCCAACAGCAAAACCAGAUAAACCGGUUGUUCCUGAAGAGCCAACAGCAAAACCGGAUAAACCAGUUGUUCCUGAGGAAGAGCCAACAGCAAAACCAGAUAUACCAGUUGUUCCGGAAGAAGAACCAACAGCACCACCAGAUAUACCAGUUGUUCCAGAAGAAGAGCCAACAGCACAGCCGGAUAAACCAGUUGUUCCUGAAGAGCCAACAGCAAAACCAGAUAAACCGGUUGUUAUUGAAGAGCCAACAGCAAAACCAGAUAAACCAGUUGUUAUUGAAGAGCCAACAGCAAAACCGGAUAAACCGGUUGUUAUUGAAGAGCCAACAGCAAAACCAGAUAAACCAGUUGUUAUUGAAGAGCCAACAGCAAAACCAGAUAAACCGGUUGUUAUUGAAGAGCCAACUGCAAAACCAGAUAAACCGGUUGUUAUUGAAGAGCCAACAGCAAAACCGGAUAAGCCAGUUGUUCCAGAAGAGCCAACAGCAAAACCGGAUAAACCAGUUGUUCCCGAAGAGCCAACAGCAAAACCGGAUAAACCCGUUGUUGCUGAAGAGCCAACAGCAAAACCAAGUGAACCUUCCACUGCAACCACAGAUCAAACUGCAGGUUCUCCAGCGUUGACAACCAAAGCUACAUUGCCAACAACAAUACCAACAACAGUGCCAAGGACAGUGCCAAUGACAAUUCCAACCACUUCUCCAACACCUGUUGUCAUCAUAGAUACUAUCUGCAUCCUGUAUCCCGACAUCUGUGACUUUGGCGUAUGUGUGGAUGAUGAGACUAGGCCUUCCUUCUAUUAUUGUGAUUGUAACCCUGGGUUCACCGAAGUCAGCGGCCAUUGUGUCCUUGCAACAACACUUCCACCUGCAACAACUACAACUGAAGUUAUUAUUGCAGAUACCUAUUGCAACUUGUACCCUGAGGUGUGCGGUGACGGUGUCUGUGUGGACGACGAAAGCCUGCCCUCAACCUACCGAUGCGAUUGUGAGCUUGGCUAUGAGGAGGUUGAAGGAACAUGCGCAGAUGUUGAUGAGUGCACUUUUGAGGAGAGUUGCCCGGGUCUCAACAGUGUGUGCACAAACUUUCCCGGCACGUACGAGUGCAACUGUGAGGAGGGCCAUCAAGAGGACAGCGAGGGCAACUGCUUCGCAUGUCCCAUAUGCAGUGACACUCUCCCCAGCGGGUUUGAGGAAAAGUUCUGUGCUUCGGACUACGUCUUUGGUGCCAAGAAGAGAGGUGACGGUACGCUUCGUAUCCUGCUUGACCUGAGGAUGGCAGAGAACAAAGUGUCCGAAACACGUUACAUCAAACCGACAGUGAACCCACAAUGCAUCUGCGAUGAACUUACAUACGGAGAUCGAGUCUUGAUCAUAACAUCCAUGGACAAGGUGGCGAUUGAGACAAUGCGAAGGAGGACGAUGGAGACCGUAGACCUGGGCGGGGCUUAUAUCGUCCCACUCAAGGGGAGUACCAAGGGCCAGUUGGUAGAUGCCCGCACGUCCAGCUGCCCUUAAAACAACAAGUACAGAUGAAACACUUCCGACCUCUUCUCAGUUAACACGACGAUGUUUUUUUUUUUCAUGUGUAUCAGCAUCAUUUUAUAAGUAGAUUUAAAGAACUCAUGAUUGAGAAUUGUUUUUCUUGCCAUUUCUGACAUAGACACCGGUUUGUUCUUUGUUGUAAAAGAGCAUGUGAACUGCAAAGUUCUUCAUGAAAUCACUUGAUGUUUAUGCUUUUGCUUCUUCACAUGAAAUAGUCAGAACUUGCCUUGAUGUGAAAAACUAAGUUUGAAUUGCCGUCAAAGUACACCGUUGUUAUAUUUACAUAUUAACAUUUUAAGUAUUCACCUCAAUUUGUUUUUACCUACAUUCGCGAAAAAAAAAAGCUUUUUAAACGAUUGCAUACAAAUACAUAUAUGGUAAAAGCUUGGACAGCUCGUAAUGGUUUCAAAUAAAAAAAAAUUGCCAAACAAUGGUGCUAAUAUAUCCUGUAGAAAUUAAUGUUUUUAUUCCUGAUUUUAUAGAUGUAGAAAAGCAUGUAGCAUUAACGGACUAGUGUUUUUUUGGUCUUGUUACAUUUUUAAAAGUUUUGUGUCCGCAGCUGUUUUGAGAGUAUCUACCAACUUGCAGCUUUGAAAGGUUUAAUCAUGUGUAACCAAAUUUGUAAAGAGAAUUUCCAGGCGAUUUCGUCUUGAGAAUGAUAAUAUUUCAAAGACGUACAAACAAUUUGAUACUUCAGCUGAUAACUAGGAUAUCGUUACACCACAUUAUGUUCAUGUAGUUUUGGGAGUUUUUUAAACAGUUAACAAUGUUAUUUUUUGUGCAUGUGAUUUACUUAUAGUUUUUUUUUAUAUAUAAAAUAGCAAUUGUGGAUUUGUGCCAAUUUGUAACUUAGAUGUAGUUAAGAUUCGUAUGAAUCCUCGGUUGUUUUUGUUUACUUAAGAAGGCCUCUUGUCAAAGGAAAAUUCAGCUAGAAACAACAAAUAAAGUAAACGAUUUCAAUCAAUAGAAAA